UAACAGAGACAUUGCAGAGAACACAACAGAUACUGCAGCAACUAAGAUAUCAAAUUAGUAAGGGGUACCCUGUAAUUGGGGCUGGUGCUGGAACAGGCAUCUCAGCAAAAUUUGAGGAGGCUGGUGGUGUGGAUAUGAUUAUCGUGUACAACUCUGGCCGGUUUCGGAUGGCAGGAAGAGGAUCCUUGGCUGGUUUAUUGCCCUUUGCUGAUGCAAAUGCCAUUGUUCUUGAGAUGGCCAAUGAAGUGUUGCCUGUGGUAAAAAAGGUACCAGUUCUAGCUGGAGUUUGUGCCACUGAUCCAUUCCGUAGGAUGGACCACUUCCUGAAGCAGUUGGAAUCUGUCGGAUUCUUUGGGGUGCAGAACUUUCCAACGGUUGGACUAUUUGACGGCAAUUUUAGGCAAAAUCUAGAAGAGACUGGAAUGGGUUACAGUUUGGAAGUUGAGAUGAUUGAAAAAGCUCAUAGUAUGGGUCUUUUGACAACACCAUACGCUUUCAAUUCAAAUGAGGCCGUGCAAAUGACAAAAGCUGGGGCUGACAUUAUAGUUGCUCAUAUGGGGCUAACAACAUCGGGAUCCAUUGGAGCAAAAACAGCACUAUCGUUGGAGCAAAGCGUGUCUUCUGUACAAGCUAUUGCAGAUGCUGCUCAUGGGAUCAAUCCGAAUGCGAUCAUUCUUUGCCAUGGAGGCCCUAUAUCUGGCCCUGAGGAAGCCGAAUAUGUUCUGAAGAGAGCCAAGGGCGUUCACGGGUUUUACGGUGCUUCCAGUUUGGAGAGGCUACCCGUUGAGAAGGCGAUAACAGGAACUGUGCGACAGUAUAAGUCCAUUUCUCUGAUAUAGAACAUGAAAGUAUCAAUAAAUAAAUCAUACAUUCCCUUAAUACCCUUUGCUUCUAAUACUUGUAUCCCACUUGCAUGAAAUAUUUGUAGCUUAAUAAACCAAACCAAACCAAACCAAACACACCUUGUACUGUUCCACUUGCGAGUAGAGUCUGCAAUGAAUUAACUCAUGAAGCCCUUUGUCCUGUUGUGGAUUAUCAAAGGAUAGAGUCUUAUGAGAUGUAAGGAUUUGGCCACAUGGUUUCCCAAUUUCUAAAAAUUGUAUGGUUUCUUAUAAUCCAAAGGGAAAACAAGUGGAAGAGUCUUGGAAUGUACAACAUUUCCUUAACCUUUUACGGAGUAUUAAUGACUUGUUUGUUUACCACAAUUUUUUAGGACACGAAAUGAAAUCUACUAUAGUUG